GGUGCAGCAUCUGGAGCAGCUACUCAACAUGAUCAUCUUGUUUCAGUUCCUUGGAGGGACAAUCAUCAUUUGCGUGACGUUGUACCAAAGUUCUGCUAAAACCGGCGACGUAACAACGAUGUGCAAGUUGCAGCUUUAUCUGAGUACGAUGUUAUCCGAAAUUUUCAUGUACUGCUGGUAUGCGGACGGGAUAGUACAGCAGAGCGCGCGCCUGGCGCGGUCGGCCUACUCGUGCGGGUGGCCGGGCGCACCGCAGCCGCUGCGCCGCGCCGUGCUGAUCGUCAUGUGCCGCACGCAGCGGCCGCUCUCGCUCACGGCCGGCAAGUUCUACACCAUCUCCAGGACCACCUUCGUCCGGCUCGUCAAUGCGUCGUAUUCGUACUACGCUCUGCUGCGACAGAUGAAUGAUCACUGAAAGGGACCAUCAUACAGAUGACUACCAUGCUGAGCUGACCAUAUG